AUGCCGAUACUUUCCGGUAAAACGUCUCCCCCUUCACCAUCUAUCGACGAGGACAAGCUGGAACGGAAGGCUUUCCGAGAACAGUUGCAACGGAAACGUCUUUUGCAAUUGGAAGCACUCGAACGAAAGCUAGCCGGUUUCGCCGAAUUCAAUCAGGCACACCGGAAAAAGAAACUAUCCGAUAACCGUGGUACGACUGGCAGAAAACAAUUGAAAAGCGUCGAAAACCUGCGAAAUGCGGACAUCGCCAAUAACAAUGCUACGGAUGGUAUUGAAUUUACGGAAUCACCUUCCUACAUCAACGGAACCAUGCGAGACUAUCAGAUUCGUGGCCUCAACUGGUUAAUUUCUAUGUACAACAGCAAUCUCAACGGCAUUCUUGCAGAUGAGAUGGGUCUUGGCAAAACUAUACAGUCCAUCUCUAUGAUUGGUUAUCUGAUGACCGUACGCAAAUUAAAAGGACCUUUUCUGGUUGUGGUGCCCCUUUCUACAUUGCUCAACUGGAUGAAUGAAUUUGCAAGAUUUCUACCGUCCGCUAAAGUACUAAAGGCACAUGCUAUUGGCGACCAAAAGAAAGAAAUCCUUGCAAAGCUGGGUCGGAAACUAUCGUGGAAUGUGGCUGUAACAACGUACGAAUUUCUCUCUUUCAAUAAGACUCAGUUCAAACGAAUUAAUUUUCACUAUGCCAUAAUUGAUGAAGGCCAUCGAGCGAAGAACGAAAAUACCGUAUUUGCUAGUGUGCUUAGAACAUGUGAAAUCCAGAGUAUGGUGCUAUUAACCGGCACACCGGUUCACAAUGAUCUUCACGAGCUAUGGGCCCUGUUAAAUCUGCUGAUGCCACUGUUCUUCAGUAGUGCCGACAACUUUGACUCCUGGUUCACGGUAGAGGACUGCGUCGACCCCCGAAAUGAGCAAACGAUUCGGUUGAAGAAUCUGCUUCGACCUUUACUACUGCGCCGCACCAAGGUAGAGGUAGCACCCUCCAUUCCGCCAAAGGUGCGCAUAAACAUUUAUGUACCACCGACGGAACAAAUGUGUCACUGGACACAUAAGGUGCUGCAUAAUGAUCUGCAGGAGAUCGGUCGUGACGGAUAUAUAAAAAGGUUCAGAAUGACGAACAGAUUUCCGUACAUGAGAAAGGUGACACAACAUCCUUACCUGUUACCGGGUGCAGAGAAUUUGGAUACGGACUACGUGACGGACGAUAUCGUGAAUUUUAGCUCGAAAAUGAUCCUACUGGACAAGCUGCUGACAAGGCUCAAGGCGCGCGGCUCCAAAGUUUUAAUAUUCUCCCAGUACGUCACAGUGUUGAAUAUAUUGAUGGAUUAUCUUGACUGGCGCGAGUACGAGUACUGCGUAGUGAUCGGAUCAACCGCAAACGAAAAUCGCCAGGAACAGAUGGAUGAGUUUAAUAGUCCCGGGUCGAGUAAGUUCGUCUUCCUGCUGUCUACUCGAGCCGGUGGUCUUGGCAUAAACUUAGUAGCGGCCGACACCGUGAUUUUUUAUGAUAUGGAUUUCAAUCCGCAAAUGGACUUCCAGGCAGAAGACCGUGCCCAUCGGAUCGGACAGAAGAGGAAGGUGCACGUAUUACGGUUAAUCGUGCGCGGAAGUAUCGACGAGCUGUUGUACCAUCAUUCCACACGCAAACGGUUGCUAGAUGCAGCGGUAAUCAGGGGGUCGGAUAAACAAUUAGAAAACGGUGCCUUUGAAUAUCAGCGUACAUCGCUGUUGGCAAACGGAUUGGUUGAUCCGGUAGCAAUGGACAAAAAGCUGGAUGAGCUGUUUGACCAGAUGGGCAAUUUAGAUGACCCAUUUUCUACGACUGAUGGCUUGCAGGAAGAUAGCGAGAUCGUAUUGCCCGGCAUUCCAUGCGAUUUGCAGUUUGACGCACUGCUGAAUUCUGCUCAGAUAUCUAACAAGCGAAAAAAAGAGGAAAUUAUCGCUCCCAUCGCGAGUAAACGCAUGCGAUACAGCAUCCACCAAUGA